AUGGAUAGUCUUAGUACAUACCAAGGGCUUCCGCAUACCACCGUGUUGCAUCGACCAGCCUUAAAAGAUCAAGAAGGGGUGCUUAUACUUAUACCUGGAAAUCCGGGACUUGUAGAGUUCUACAUCACCUACCUUGAUGAAAUUCAAAAGCAUAGACCCGAGUUAGAAAUAUAUGCUGUAUCGCACGCCGGGUUUUCUACUACAGAACCGCUUGAUUCUACUGUGGAAUACUAUCCAUUGAGCUACCAAAUACAGCACAAAUGUGAUUUCAUAACUCAAAUUGCAGAAAAGUCCAACCAUGAAAAAGUUCCAAUAUACUUAUUAGCACAUUCUAUGGGAGCAUAUGUUCUCCAAAAUGUUGCCAAGAGACUCUCGGACAACCCCAAGAUUGACUUUCGUUUCGCCGGACUUAUAUGUCCUACUAUCAUGGACAUAGCGAGCAGCGGCUCAGGUGAGCUAGUCACACGAAUUAGGGCAAAAGUACCUGUAGUGCAACCGGUAGUUGCCGUUGCUAGCUUUUUGAGGCUGGUACUUCCCACAUCUCUUGCUCGAGGAUUGGUGCAAGCAACAGUCAAAAAAGGUAAAUCUGAAGAGGGCUAUAGAUAUGCCAUUGAAGCAUGCUGGAAAUUAUUUUCGUCACCACGCCUUAUUAAACAAGCUCUCGAGAUGGCAAUGGAAGAAAUGGACCAAAUUAAACACGACAGGCCCUUACAAGAUUGGUUUUUCAACACCUUUCUGAAAAAGUGUCUGAUUUGGGGUUUCUUUGCAGCGACCGACCAUUGGGUCGCAGACAGUACCCGAGCCUCGAUUCUCGAGUACAGUCAGAAAAAUGUCCGUUUCCAAGUGGAAACGCUUCCUGAUAUUUCCCACAGCUUCUGCGUUGACCAAAGUGUCGAAUUUGCAGCCGUGACCCUCGAGGCUAUGGCCAGUAAGUAA